AUGGCUCCCGCCAACGGCUCGUCCAAGCCGCGCAAGGCUACUGCCGCUGCCGCUGCCGCUGGUGCUACUCCUGCUCCUGUGGUGCCAGUUGCGGCGACGACGAACAGCAAGCCUGCGCAGAAGAAGGCGGUGGUGCCCGCUCUUCCUCUGCCCUAUGUCAAACGUCAGCAGGCUGCUGCUGCUGCCUCCGCCGCAGCGAAUGCGAACAAGACGGAAACAAAGACUGAUGACGCUCGGCCCAACGGGAAACAGAACAAGUCAAAGGACUCCAAGCCUCGCAAAGAGGAGAGCUCCAAAGCCGCUGCUGCGGAGCCGGCGUUAGAGGCUACAAGCAAAGCCGCCAACGGCUCAGAGACCGCUGUUACGCCGUCGCAGGCCCAGGCCAAAGCACCACCAGCCCCCAGCAAGCAGCCACAGUCACCCAACACCGAUUUAUCCGUCAGCCGACACUCGGCGGAGGCCGCGUCGUCUGCGACCGAAGUCAAGCAAGAGGUCAUCAACGCAAACGGUAACUUAAACGCGUCUGUAGGCUCCACUGAGCGACGAAGCAACAAACACACAGCGAACGCGAUGACCAACAAAGGCCCUAAGUCUCGACCCCCUCCCGCCGUCUCGCCUACCAGAUACCACAUGCCUCCGCCUUUCCAGCCUGGCAAUAGGAUGCCGGGCAUGCACGCCAACGACGAUGGGUCUAGGGGUUCUCGACCGCUUGGCCCCAACGGCCACGCCCAUGUGCACCACCAGGCCCAUCCGAGCAACAGCAGCCUGCAUUUUGGUGGCUUCCAGGAAUCUCAGAGCUCUAGCCCGGCUCCUCCUCACUCUGGUGGUAUCGCUCCGCCUCCGGGCAUGCCAUUUCCUGGUGGGCGCCAGCCAUUCAUGGGGCCAGGCGGUAACGGCUUCCCGCCCAUGAUGCCGUACGGCCCAGACAUGAUGCCUGCUACGACGUUUGACAACUACGGAAGACCCCCGAUGGCUUAUGCCCCUCCUGAUUCCUACCCGCCUUAUCGCAACAACUAUAACCCAUCCGCUCCACACAGCUUCCACGACUCUCAUUCUUCCAUGGAAGAAUUCAACCAGCAGCAGUACGCCGGUCGAGUGCCUAUGCGCAAUGGAGGCCCUGUUGCAGAAGAACAACAGAUGCAAGGAAACGCUGGUCGAAUGUUUCCCCCACCCGAUUUUCAUCGCAUGAUGCCCAAUCCCAGCAUGCCGCCUCACCUGAUGCCCCCAAGCGAUGAUGCCGACCAGCUGGCUGGAUACACACAGCAGCAGUUCGGAAAUCCAGAGCUAUCUGAUUGCUCUCUUGAGCUGCGCUACCUAGACGACCGGGCGCCCCCAGUCCGCAUUGCUGCCCAUAGAUUCGUCCUCAACCGAUCGCCCGAACUAGCAUCGCUUUUGCGUCAGCAGAUACAAUCGCCAAGCCCACCCGAUCGCUCUCAGCAGACCGUGUUGAUUGAGACCAAUAGCAAGUGGAUUCGUUCUGAUGCGUUCUACAUGGCAGCUCAACGCCUCUAUGGCAUGUCGCUCUUACAGUAUCCCGGCAAUCGCAACCUUCAUAUCGAGUCUGGUGAUUUGACAGAAGCUGGCUCCAAUGUCGAUCAGCUCGAUUUCGCACUCUCCUAUGCAGCCGCUGGCCAACUGCUUGGCUGGGGGCCUGUUACCAAGCGUGGGUGCGAAGUGGCUACACAGCUUAUUGACUGGCAGACAAUCGAGCGAGUCUUGGAGUUUGCAUUGGAAGGCCACUGCGACUUGGGCACUCACGAUGCAUACAGAUACGGAGAAGGCUCUAAGGUUAUUCUCGAUGCUGUUGUCACUUUUAUCGUGCACAACUUCCCAUCUACUUUUGAGCUGGAUGCCGAAGUGGUUGCUCCCGUCCAGUAUGCGAGACUACCCAUGCAUCCCCCGCCUCCAGCACCAAGUCGACCCGCAGCCCAACAAAGCACGAUCCUGGCAGACGAGAAGCCAGUGGUGCAGCUUGGCAAAGGACGACGCUCGCAGAAGCUCACCAAUAUCCAGUUCGGUGAUUUGGCCCUUACUGAGAGCAACCCUGCUUCCGAGACCGAAACACCAAAAGCGUCCCGCCCAGCGCAGCCCGUCUCUCAUGCGGUCUUGUCCCGAAUCUUGCUCAACAUUCCGUUUACGCAGCUCAAGAUGAUAUUGGAAUCCUCUGGAUCUGGCAACGUUAAUGGCUGGGCCAACGCCGAGUCACGAUACCGCAUUGUCAAGGCUGCAGUGGAUGAGCGCGAGGCGCGUCGCGUCAAGGCAGUUGAUGCUGUCGCCGAUGACCGUGUUCCAGAUGCUGAGGAGUUGCGCGCCAGCCUGAGAGCCCCCGAGCCUCGCAACAUGCCGCGAUGGGGCGCACUGGGCUGGCACGAGGAGAUGCUUCCCUAUGGAAACCCCGAUGGCCCUUCUUUAGGACGCAAGUGGGCUCCUCUGUCAGCGCCGCACAGCGGCCCCGUUGCGGAUUAUCCUUGA